UAACUUUCGUGCUGAGCUAGCUGCUGACGUGAGAGGAACUUGACUUGAGCUGAACGGUGUUACUGUUCUUAGUUUUCCAUAAUAUCUAUGGAUAGUUAGAUCUACCGAUCUUUCCAUCGAUUAUUCAACACAUGACGAAAUUGUUCCCUCUGUAUUCAUCUCGAUAGAAUGACUGAAAACCGAAUAAUUUGACAGAGAACCGAGAAGUGAACAAAAUGGAUGCAGUGAACGGAGAAUCGAGUGAAAGGCAACGCACAUCACGGCAGUCGACGGGAGAGUUUCAAUACAGUGAACUGCCCGUAGCACUCAUUGCUACCAACGUCAGCGAAUGUGUGUUUACAGAUGACAAAGAAAGGGCUGCAUUUGAGGAGAUGUGUUCUGUGUAUGGAGAGAGGGUUGAGUUCCACUACCUUCCCAGCUUUCGUCGUAUCAGAGUGACCUACGGAUCACCAGAAGAAGCCGUUGGAGCUAGGAUAGCGUUACAUUCCAAAGAUAUCUGUGGCUCCAUUGUCAAUUUCUAUUUUGCACAGACCAAGAUAUUGAAAGACAGCAACCCAAGCCUGGAGCUUCCUGAGCCGGUCAGACAGUUCUUGAUAUCCCCUCCAGCUUCUCCUCCUAUCGGUUGGGAGCCUGUACCAGAGUCAGAACCCGUGAUUGACUAUGACCUUCUAGCUGCACUAGCCAAUCUUGCACCAGGUGAGACUCACGAGCUCCACCCAGCCCAGGGUAACAAGCCAAGCAUCGUAGUAGAGCCUUGCGAUGAUCCAAAAGCAAAACGGCCAGUCCCAUCGAAGAUCCAACAGACCAAGAGACCCGAUCUUCCAUGCUCAUCAUGAUCAUCACUCAAAUCAUCAGAGCUCAAGACUGGCUCGAUUGAUCUUAUGUGUCUCGUAGCUGAAUGACUCUUUAUAGUCUGCAUCAGAAAUGAGGUUACUGCCUUGGUUGGUUCACACAGGAAGUGAAUACUGUACUAGUAAUUAAGAUCAACUAAACGCUUGGCUUCCAGCUUAAGUUGAAGCUUACUUGUUCACUUGAAUAUUUUAUAUGACCAGGCAAUUACAGCUUUAGAAGUUUAUCUCUUCCAGCCUGAAUCUGGGGUCCUACACG